AUGGCCGUAGCCAUUGAUCAACAACACCAUGGAUUUAAGCCAUUUAGUCGAUCCCAAAGAUGCAAACUCCAAUCCUUUGGUCACCUUGAUUACAACAACAUUCUUGAACUCAACCAAACUACUUUUCUAGCAUUUCAAGCCGAUAAUAUUCACCGCAGUUUCUCCACUCCAUGUCUACCCUUAACCGGGGUAGAAGAUCACAAUCCUCCUCAUCCGAGGAUUGAGAUCGUCCGUGGAAGUGGAGUUCCGGUACAUACUCUAGUCGUCGAGGUUGCAGUUGCUAUGGCCUCUGGUAUUCAACCUAUUCCUCUCCCUAGUGGACUUGGUGGUGCCUAUGUCUUUCAUAACCAAAAUGGUAACAACAUUGCUGUAGCAAAGCCAGUCGACGAAGAACCUUUUGCCUUGAAUAAUCCGAAAGGGUUAAAAAGCACUACUCAUGAAAUGCUAGGUCAACCGGGCUUAAAGCGCUCUAUUCGAAUCGGUGAAACUGGUAUAAGAGAAUUAGCUGCUUAUCUACUUGAUCAUGGAGGCUUUUCUGGUGUGCCUCCAACUGCUUUAGUUAAAUUCUGUCAUGCUACAUUCUCUGAUUCUUCUGCCACAGUUAAACUCGCCUCACUCCAACGCUUUGUUGGUCACGGUUUCGAUGCAGGAGAGUUAGGCCCUUCUUUCUUUUCAGUUGAUUCUGUUCACCAAAUUGGUAUUCUAGACAUUAGGCUUAUGAAUCUUGAUAGACAUGCAGGGAAUAUGCUUGUUAUGAAACAUGAUCACAAUAGUUUUGGUAACGGCGUUGCUGUCGCCGAUCUUGUUCCGAUUGAUCACGGCUUUUGCUUACCUGAGUGGUUGGAUGAUCCUUAUUUUGAGUGGCUGCAUUGGCCACAAGCCUCAAUUCCUUUCUCUGAAUCAGAACUUGAGUAUAUUUCAAACCUUGAUCCUUUCAAAGAUGCUGAUAUUCUAAGAUCCGAGGUUCCUUCAUUGAGAGAAUCGUCUAUUCGCGUCCUUAUCGUUUGCACGGUUUUCUUGAAACAAGCUGCUGCUGCUGGCCUUAAUCUUGCUGAUAUAGGACAGAUGAUGACAAGGGAAUUUCGCAGCGGCGAUGAAUCGUCAAGUGAAUUGGAAAAUAUUUGUUUGAAAGUCAAGGCUAGUAUCAACAAUGAGAAUGGAAAAGAAGAAGAUGAAGGAGAGACUAGUUGUGGAAUUGGUGGCAUUUCUUUUGGUGACAUGAACAAAGGUGAAUGGGAAAUGUUUUUGGAGAUUUUUAACAUGUUUGUGAUUGGAGUUUUUGAGGAUAAGAAGUGUAAGAAUUGA